UUUUAUAAGAUAAUUCUAGAAAAACUUAAAGCUGCUUAUAAUUAUAUUAUUAAAAAUUUAAAAAAAAAAUUUAUUAUAUUUAAUACAGUUCUAUUUAUCUCUUUUAUUCUAAUAAUAAAGAAACCCGGAAGAGAACUAUACUUAUAUAUUAAUUAUUAA